UAGUGUACAUUACCCGUUGUCCGUGUAGUUGGUCCUUUAGGAGGUGGGAAUGUGACACAAUAUAUCCACAGGAAAUUAUAAAUACGUGAACUUUUCAAAACCGCUGGUCGUGCGUUCAGAUUUAUAACACCUGAAGCGUGCUCAGAAGAUACAAAUACAAGACUACUGACCGAGCUGGUGCACCUCGUUCUGAGCACGUUUCAGGUCUAAUGGGGAGGUGACGUAUCACUGACCAGAGGAGAGAAGAGACCCAGGACUCUGUGUCUAGAACAGUGCCCAAUGCAGAGUGCCCAGCCAUGACCGAAUGCUUCCAUCCCCCCAGGAGCAGCCCAGCGGCAGUACGUCGGGCGGAGCACCCAGGAGGGGUGGCUCGUACGCCCAGCUCGGAGGAGAUCAGCCCCACCAAAUUCCCCGGGCUGUACAGGACGGGCGAGCCUUCGUCCCCCCACGACGGACACCACCAUCAUGAGGUCAUCGACGCCGUGUCAGAUGAGGAUUAAGAACAUGGGAAGAAGAAGAACAAGUUCAAGAAGAAGAAGAAUGAGACAUUACCUUGUUACUGUUUAUAUCGAGUUACAGAUUUGAAUCAUUUGGCAGUUGCUCUUAUCAAGAGUGAUUUACACUUAGUUCAUUAAUUUAAGUGACUUAUACUUAGUUCAUCCAUCUUAAUAUGGCUACUAGGUGAGACAACCACAUGUCACAAUCAUAGUAGUGAUCGGACUGUACAGUCCGUACAGUUACAUAUUGCAAUAUUAUUAUGGGACGAUAUUUCACUGAUACUUUGACUCAAAAUAUUGAUUUGUAAACAUGAACAUUUACAGAAAGGUUGACUCUGAUUUUUUUUAUUUUCUAGGUAGUGUUAGCUGGCGCAAGUUGGUUUUACCUGCGCCAAAACUCUGGUAUUUUUUGUCCUUCAGCUUGUUCUCAUCUUAAAGCUUGUGGGUCGUUCCAUUUGAUUUGAAUCACUUUUUUGACAGCACCCCUUUUCAUUUCAACAAACCCUUCCAUCCAUAUUUGCCCCGUUGGUAGAAGAGCUCAGAAAGUUACUUUUAUUGGACCUGAAUGACAAAACAUUUAGGAGAUAGAGGUGCUCAAAGUUGACCCAUUUUUGCAUAUCUUACCCUACCACGAGACAUCCAUGUCUUCAUCACUGGGAAAGAUUAACGGUUGAGUUUGAUAUCAUUUACAGUGCCUUCAUACCCCUUGACUUAUUCCACAUUUUGUUGUGUUACAGCCUGAAUUCAAAAUGGAUUAAAUGUAUUUUUUUUUGUAUAAUAAUGACACAGUGAAAACCUGUUUUUCAAAAUAUUUGCAACUGAAUUAAAUAAAUAUCUAAUUUACAUAAGAAUCCCCACCCCUUUGCUAUGACACUCCGAACGGAGCUCAGAUGCCAUCCCAUUUACUUUGCUGUGACACUCCGAACGGAGCUCAGAUGCCAUCCCAUUUACUUUGCUGUGACACUCCGAACGGAGCUCAGAUGCCAUCCCAUUUACUUUGCUGUGACACUCCGAACGGAGCUCAGAUGCCAUCCCAUUUACUUUGCUGUGACACUCCGAACGGAGCUCAGAUGCCAUCCCAUUUACUUUGCUGUGACACUCCGAACGGAGCUCAGAUGCCAUCCCAUUUACUUUGCUGUGACACUCCGAACGGAGCUCAGAUGCCAUCCCAUUUACUUUGCUGUGACACUCCGAACGGAGCUCAGAUGCCAUCCCAUUUACUUUGCUGUGACACUCCGAACGGAGCUCAGAUGCCAUCCCAUUUACUUUGCUGUGACACUCCGAACGGAGCUCAGAUGCCAUCCCAUUUACUUUGCUGUGACACUCCGAACGGAGCUCAGAUGCCAUCCCAUUUACUUUGCUGUGACACUCCGAACGGAGCUCAGAUGCCAUCCCAUUUACUUUGCUGUGACACUCCGAACGGAGCUCAGAUGCCAUCCCAUUUACUUUGCUGUGACACUCCGAACGGAGCUCAGAUGCCAUCCCAUUUACUUUGCUGUGACACUCCGAACGGAGCUCAGAUGCCAUCCCAUUUACUUUGCUGUGACACUCCGAACGGAGCUCAGAUGCCAUCCCAUUUACUUUGCUGUGACACUCCGAACGGAGCUCAGAUGCCAUCCCAUUUACUUUGCUGUGACACUCCGAACGGAGCUCAGAUGCCAUCCCAUUUACUUUGCUGUGACACUCCGAACGGAGCUCAGAUGCCAUCCCAUUUACUUUGCUGUGACACUCCGAACGGAGCUCAGAUGCCAUCCCAUUUACUUUGCUGUGACACUCCGAACGGAGCUCAGAUGCCAUCCCAUUUACUUUGCUGUGACACUCCAAAUGGAGCUCAGAUGCCAUCCCAUUUACUUUGCUGUGACACUCCGAACGGAGCUCAGAUGCCAUCCCAUUUACUUUGCUGUGACACUCCAAAUGGAGCUCAGAUGCCAUCCCAUUUACUUUGAUCAUCCUAGAGAUGUCACUACAACUUGA